CCCGGCAACACAGGACAGGAGAGAGGAGUCGGCGGCGCAGACUAACGUCACUUUGCUAAAGGGAGGUAUAACAAGGUGAAACCCUCGUGACCUCCGAUCUCCAUCUUUUGUUUUCCUCACAGGUUCACAUCCCAAGUCCAGCUGCUCCACUCCCCAUUCUUUGUCGCUGUGAGCCUCUCUUGCUCUUUCUGAGAUGCCUCGCAUUGAGAAUGACAUCAAGCUGGACUUCAAGGAUGUGCUCCUCCGUCCAAAGAGAAGCACACUCAAGUCUCGGAGCGAGGUGGACCUGAUGAGAAGCUUCACCUUCAGGAACUCCAAGGGCAGCUACAGAGGGAUCCCCAUCAUCGCUGCCAACAUGGACACUGUGGGGACCUUCGAGAUGGCCCUGGCCCUGCACCAGUUCACUCUCUUCACCACGAUUCACAAACAUUACUCUGUGGACGACUGGCUGGAGUUUGCAGCGAAGCAUCCCGAAUGCGUGGAGAGUGUAGCAGUGAGCUCAGGGACCGGCGAUGGUGACUUUGAGAGGAUUUCAGCCAUCUUGGCAGCAGUGCCACAGCUGCAGUACAUCUGCGUUGACGUGGCGAACGGCUACUCUGAACACUUUGUCCACUUCGUCAAAGACGUCAGGCAAAAGUUCCCCUCGCACACUAUUAUGGCAGGAAAUGUGGUGACUGGAGAAAUGGUGGAGGAGCUGAUCCUGGCCGGGGCUGACAUCAUCAAAGUAGGCAUCGGACCAGGUUCUGUUUGCACCACCCGCAAGAAGACAGGGGUGGGUUACCCCCAGCUUAGUGCCGUGAUAGAGUGUGCAGAUGCAGCCCAUGGACUGGGCGGCCACAUAAUCUCUGACGGGGGAUGUACUUGUCCAGGAGAUGUCUCAAAGGCCUUUGGUGCUGGAGCAGACUUCGUGAUGCUGGGGGGUAUGCUGGCGGGACACUCUGAGAGUGGGGGUGAGAUCAUUGAGAAAAACGGCACCAAAUACAAGCUGUUCUAUGGAAUGAGCUCCGACACAGCGAUGAAGAAGCACGCAGGGGGUGUGGCCGAGUACAGGGCGUCAGAGGGGAAGACGGUGGAAGUUGCUUACAAAGGUCCGGUGGACGUGACAAUACGAGACAUCCUCGGCGGGGUUCGCUCCACCUGCACCUAUGUCGGGGCGGCCAAGCUGAAGGAGCUGAGCCGCAGGACCACCUUCAUCAGGGUCACCCAGCAGCUCAACACUGUCUUUGGCAACUGCUGAAUGUCCAGUUCCAUCCUGCGUCAGAUCGCUGGAUGAGUCUGCAUCACUGCCAGUCUGUGCUCUUUGUGUGUUACAAAAGUGACCAGACUCAUAUUCAUACUUCAAUAUUCCCCUCUUUAUCCUUUUUUACGUGUAAGUCAAAGUUUUUUUAUUUUAAUGCUACUUUAGUAUAGUAAGCACACAGACUUGGACCUGCCUUAGACUCCAAAUGUUAAAGCAAUUCUAUUUAACUUUAAUUUUGAUGUAUUUUCAUAGCCCAUCAGCUAUUGUCUGAUGACGAAUUAGCCUCUGGGGGCAACACCCAACAGUUUGGGGCUCUUGGUGUCGGGUCAGUUAGUCAGCGCUAAUUUUUGUAGGUGCUUUUGUCUAGUCACCAUUUUGGCUAAUCCCCAUUAACAGCUGUCUGCAUAUGAAUGCAGAUAAAUCAAAACGGUGAUGGCCGAUGCAUUUCGGUCAACGUGUUGUGCCUUUUUUAUUCCUAAAGCAGAAGAGCUUCUGCUGUAACAUCCAAUAAACUCUGUAUAGAAUUCUUCAUAUUUAGAGCAAGAGCAGAUGUUCAGGGUGAGGAGGGGGAAUGAAAAGAGGAAACAUUCUCUAUAUUUCCAGAACCAUUGAACUCAUUUAAAUGAAGCUGCUGUUUGAAGUUUAAAACGUUGCUUAGUGUUGCUUUAAUUUUUAAUCCACAGAGAUUUCAGGAGACGUCAUUGUCUCUACACAGUGAGAUGCAGCUAGAGCAGUAACUCCUCAGCUCUGUGCAUGUCCGCUGUCUCAUCAUUCCAAUGCAAGGUCCUUAGAAGUUCUCACAUAUAUGCAAAUCUGUGUUUGUUCAUCAACAGCGUGUGGCUCUGUGCCGAGAUCGUACUGUGAACCUUUAUCACCCAUAUGUAAAAUUACAUCAAAUGAAAUAGAUAAUAUAGAAAGCCUAAAUAUUUCUGAGACUAAUUGGCAAACAGCACUGUUUUUAAAUAAUACAGACAUUCCGUCACUGACUAUGUUUUGCACUUAAAUGAUUCGAGAUUUGAUUUCCCUGAUCACCUCAUGGAAAUGUUUUGAGACUUUGGUGUCAUAUGUUUCUUCUAUGAAUUACAGUUUUACAGAUAAGCUGAAUUAGAUUUGAGAGAAUGAAGCGGUACAUUCUGAAUGCGUGUCCAGUAAGUUGGUGCGUAGUGAAAGUGCUGAUUUCAUGGCAGGGCUGCUACAGAUUUUCCCUUUUUCUGGUUCUAGAUGUUACCAAUCGAUAUUGAAGUUCAUGUGGGCAUAGUCAUUCCUGGAUAUUAGCCUUGAAAGCUUUUCCGCUGUCAGGAUCAGUUAUCGUUUUACUUUACAGUGCAGUUACUCCAUUUCAAGCUGUUCUCACACAAUCUGUGUUUUAUUUUUGUCACAUUCAUGUGAAAAUGAUGUUUAUGUUGCCAAAACAUAAAUUUUGAAUGCAUUUUUUAAAUUUACUUUCCCCCACCUCAACUUUUUAUCCAGUCAAUAAAAAAAUAUUCCACA